AGUUUUUACAGCUUCCGGUAAAUUGACAGAAGUGUUUGUUGUCGGUGGUUAGAGAGCAUCAGGAGUGAAUUUGCAGUUACAAUAAAUCUAUUUUUGCAAAGCUUCAGAAUGGCGGACGAAAGAGCAGAGAGAUCCGAUGGGAAAAUUGUGAAAAUGGAGGUUGACUACAGUUCAACUGUGGAUCAGCGACUCCCGGAGUGUGAGAAAAUGGCAAAAGAAGGACGUCUUCAAGAAGGAAUCGAAAGUCUCUUAUCCCUCGAGAAACAAACAAGAACGGCCUCUGACAUGGUGUCCACAUCCCGGAUAUUGGUGGCUAUCGUGCAGAUGUGCCACGAGGCUAAAGACUGGGAUGCCUUGAACGAGAAUGUGAUGCUGCUGUCAAAACGGAGGAGCCAGCUGAAACAGGCCGUUGCUAAAAUGGUUCAGGAGUGCUGCAAGUAUGUGGAUAAUCUGACUGAUCUCACUGUCAAACUGAGGCUCAUCGACACCCUACGCACCGUGACCGCAGGAAAGAUCUAUGUAGAAAUCGAGCGCGCUCGCCUGACCAAGACCUUGGCCAACAUCAAGGAGCAGAGUGGCGACGUGAAGGAGGCCGCUGCCAUCCUGCAAGAACUCCAGGUUGAGACUUAUGGCUCGAUGGAGAAGAAGGAGAAGGUGGAGUUUAUCCUGGAGCAGAUGCGCUUGUGCAUCGCCGUCAAGGACUACAUCCGCACCCAGAUCAUCAGCAAGAAGAUCAACACCAAGUUCUUCCAGGAGGAUGGCACCCAGGAGUCCAAGCUGAAGUACUACAACCUGAUGAUCCAAGUGGACCAACACGAGGGCUCCUACCUCUCCAUCUGCAAACACUACCGCGCCAUCUACGACACGCCCUGCAUCCUAGAGGACAGCAGCAAGUGGCACCAGGCCUUGAAGAGCGUGGUGCUGUACGUCAUCUUGGCUCCGUACGACAACGAGCAGUCCGACCUGGUGCACAGGAUCAACGCUGACAAAAAACUAGAAGAGAUUCCCAAAUACAAGGAGCUCCUGAAGCAGUUCACCACCAUGGAGCUGAUGCGUUGGGCCGCGGUGACCGAGGACUUUGGCAAGGAGCUGCGGGAGGGAUCACCUGACAGCCCGGCCACCGACGUCUUCACCUACGCAGAGGAGGGACAGAAGAGAUGGGGAGACCUCAAGAACAGAGUUGUGGAACAUAACAUCCGCAUCAUGGCCAAGUACUACACCAGAAUAACCAUGAAGAGGAUGGCCGGAUUGCUGGAUCUCUCUGUCGAUGAGUCAGAGGAGUUCUUGUCCAACCUGGUGGUGAACAAGACCAUCUACGCCAAAGUGGACCGUCUGGCCGGCAUCAUCAACUUCCAGCGGCCCAAAGACCCCAACGACCUGCUGAACGACUGGUCCCACAAGCUGAACUCCCUCAUGGCCCUCGUCAACAAGACCACCCACCUCAUCGCCAAGGAGGAGAUGAUUCACAACCUGCAGUAGUUUAGUUUGGAGUCUCGUCUCUCUAAAGGUCGCAAGUUUGAAAUGGGUGCCAGAAGGUCAUCUUAUUGGAGGGAGGCCCAUUUUUUUUUUUUUUCCUGUCAAAAAAAAUCGCCUCCAAGUUUUUUUUGGACUGAACAUCACAACCAACCAAACUAAUUUAGAGUACUCACCUGACCCCACUUUAAAUGUAUUGGUUGUGCAUUUUGUAGUACAAUAUUUGCUGCAACAUGUUCUGUUAAAAAAAAAAAGUUCUGUGUGGCCUGCAAGUCAAUGUUGAAAAAACUGUCCCAUUUGCUUCACCUGUGUUAAUAAAGGUAUGUGGUCCAUUUUCUAAAAGCCUGAAGUGGUAAGUUAUGAAGUGGUCAUGAAGUGGUAAGGUAGUCGUGGUCAUAACUUUAACAGGGGAGCGAUGGUGAGUCAGUUCAGCUGUGGGCCGCUUUGAACUACACUAUGCUGUUAACGUGUGCUUGUCUUUUUUUAUGUGUAAUCUUUGCAAUACAAAAUAUGAAACCAACAAUAUGGCU